AUGAUUGAUAUAACACUAAGCUUGUCAUUCUAUUAUAAAACCGUCAAUGAACUCAUCGCUCGCGUGUAUUUCCAGGAAAUCAGAUCCUCUUUCUACCCAUCCACAUUUUUAAAAUUCAUUGUUGUUGAAAGAUCACUCACCAACAAACAAACAACGAUCAUGGAAUAUUACUACAAUAAUAUAACUAAAAAAAGAAAAGAAGUUGAACAACAAGAAAAUCAACAGCAAUCUUUAAAUAAUAAUAAUAUAAAUAUAGAUAAUAAUAAUAAUAAUAAUAAUAAUAAUAAUGUUAUACCUGAUGAUUUUGAAUUUGAUUUUUUAGAUAAUGAUGAAAUAAAUAAUAAUAACAUAAAUAAUAAUAAUAAUAAUAUAGAUAAUAUAGAUAAUAAUAAUAGUCCAAAAAAAUUAAAACCAUCAUUACCAAUAUUAGUAUCACCUGGAAAAGAUCAAUCAACGAUUAUAUCAAAUGAAAAAGAACAUGAAUUGUUUUUGAUACCAACUCUAUUACCUGAAUUGGUAACCAAAGAUAUUGGAUCAAAUUCGAUUAUACAUUGGUGUAGGAAUUUUUUAAAACGUGAUCAAGCUGGCAUAUUAUUUAGACAUUUGAUGAAUGUAUGCAAGUUUGAACAAGCCGAAAUGAUGAUGCGUCAAAAACCAGUUAAACUACCACGUUUGUUGGCUUGGAUGGCAGAUAAAGAGGUGACUGAAAAAGGAUAUCUUUCAAGUCACCACAUGACAGAAUGGACACCUCCAAUGCUAAAACUUCGAGAGUGUUUGGAGACAUUGUUGGAUACGAAAUUUGAUUAUGUCCUUGUCAACUAUUACAAGGAUGGACAUGACCAUAUUGGAUAUCACAGUGACAAAGAAGCUAGAGAUCCAGAAACAAUGACAAUCGCAUCACUUUCACUUGGAACCACUAGAAGAUUCUUACUUCGUAAUAUUAAAACCAACGAAACUAUAGAGUAUUCUUUAGAACCUGGCUCAUUAAUCGUAAUGGACCAACAGACACAAGUACAUUGGAAACAUUGUAUUCCAAAAGAAUUAAAGGUUAUCACCUCUAGAAUUAAUCUAACCUUUAGAAGAAAAGGUUCAAGAGAUAAACCACCUCUUGGUUCUUAUAUUUAA